AUGGUGCGGGUUAUUGCUUCUUCGCCAGAUGAUAUGCUUGAGGGUGAGGCUGGUUCUGAAGACAUGAUAUUACUUUUAUAUUGGUUUAUGGCGUUGAAAUCUGUUACACUAGGGAGGUCAGAAGAUGGAACAUGCAUAGAUCUCGGCGAUUACGGAGAUAGUGAAGAGUUCAAAGCCCUAUAA